AUGAAAGACAAGAGGAAGAAGAAGGACCGCACCUGGGCCGAGGCUGCCCGCCUGGUACGUACCGCUCCCCGCCCGCCGCCCGCGCGUCCCGCCGGCCCCGCCGCACGCCCCGCGCCGGCCUGCAGCGGCGGAGACGGCCACUUCCAGCCCGAGCCGCCGCCCGCUCGCCGGGCUCUUGCUCUUUGUUAUUCUGCGGGAGUGGGCUCGCCCGGGGGCCCCUGUAAAUCACCAUUAAAUGAGCUCGGCUUCAUGAAAUCACCAUUAAAUGAGCUCGGCUUCAUGGAAGAGCUGAGGAUUUCUGUAAGAAAAAUACCUAAAGACAGACUAGGUUCAACAAACGGGACCACCUACCUUUUACAUUUUAAUAGUACUGCUAAAUUACCCUCCAAGGAGGAAGACUGUGGGGUGAUGAAACCAGGCACCACAUGGUGCAGGUUUACGUCUGAAUCCAGAGCGAAUAAAUUUGGCCCUGAUCAGGUGACAAGGGGUGGCAAAUAUGUGUCUAACCUGAUUUGUAGAAACCCUAGUGCAGUUUACGCAGGAAAUCUCAGAGACACUCCAGAAUUACCAACUGCAACUAAGAGACUGAUCCAGACGAGGAAAAACGGGGAAAUUUCCUGGGAACUAGACAGGGGAGAACAGGAAAGUGGCCCUAAUGGUGAGGCACUAGAAAAACACCCCAACUCACCAAUGACAGCAAAGCAAAUAUUGGAAGUCAUUCAGAAAGAAGGGUUAAAAGAAACAAGGAAUGGAACUUCUCCAUUAGCCUGUCUGAAUGCAAUGCUUCACACUAACACUCGAAUAGGGGAUGGAACAUUCUUCAAAAUCCCUGGAAAGUCAGGCCUCUAUGCUCUCAAAAAAGAGGAGUCAUCAUGUUCAGCUGAUGGAACGUUGGAUUUAGGCUGUGAGUCUGAAUUGGAAGGCACAGAGAUGGCGGAGGUCAGUGCCGAUGGGGAAGGAAAUGGAGUUUGUGCAAAGCAGGUAACUGAUGAGGCAUCUUCCAUUCGAGAUUCAAGCCUUCCUAACACAGCAGUGCAGAGCAAGUUAGUGUCUUCCUUUCAGCAACACACCAAAAAGGCUCUCAAGCAGGCUUUGAGGCAGCAGCAGAAAAGAAGAAAUGGAGUCUCAAUGAUGGUAAACAAGACUGUUCCUCGUGUUGUUUUGACACCAUUAAAGGUGUCUGAUGAGCAGUCAGAUUCGCCUUCAGGAUCCGAAUCUAAAAAUGGUGAAGCAGACAGUUCAGAUAAAGAAAUGAAACAUGGGCAAAAAUCCCCCACUGGAAAACAAACGAGUCAGCACUUAAAACGUUUAAAAAAGUCUGGUUUAGGACACUUGAAAUGGACCAAAGCUGAGGAUAUUGACAUAGAAACCCCGGGAUCUAUUCUUGUCAACACUAACUUGAGGGCAUUAAUAAAUAAACAUACGUUUGCUUCCUUACCUCAGCAUUUUCAACAAUACCUCCUGCUUUUGCUCCCAGAAGUGGAUAGGCAGAUGGGAAGUGAUGGAAUUUUACGCCUCAGUACUUCAGCUCUAAAUAAUGAAUUCUUUGCAUAUGCAGCACAAGGCUGGAAACAGCGACUGGCAGAAGGAGAGUUUACUCCAGAAAUGCAAUUGCGGAUAAGGCAAGAAAUUGAAAAGGAAAAGAAAACAGAGCCCUGGAAAGAAAAAUUCUUCGAAAGGUUUUAUGGAGAAAAGUUGGGCAUGUCAAGAGAGGACUCUGUAAAGCUCACAUCUGGACCAAACAAUGAUGGAGCUGAAAGUAGUUCUUCAUGUGGGACCUCUGGCCUUCCUGGUCUAUCUGCACAGACUCCCUUGAAAGAACAACAGCCAAAAAGCAUGAAAAGUCCAACCUCUCCAGAGCCUGAUUUCUGUGCUACACUUUGUCCCAUGGUAGACGUAGGUAAAGAUGUAAUGACAGAGUCAGAAUCAGAGGACAUCUUGAUCCCCGAAGAAUCUGUGAUUCAGGAGGAAAUUGAGGAAGAGGUAGAGACUAGCAUCUGUGAGUGCCAGGAUGAGAAUCACAAGACAAUACCUGAAUUUUCUGAGGAGUCAGAAAGUCCAGCCAACUCUCACGAGGAGCCCCAAAUAGCACCCCCUGAAGAUAACUUGGAAUCCUGUGUUAUAAUGAAUGAUGUUUUAGAAACUUUGCCUCAUGUUGAAGUUAAAGUGGAAGAGAAAUCAGAAUCUCCCCAGGAAGAGAUGUCAGUUGUCAUUGAUCCGCUAGAAGUCUGUGACUCUCUCGUUCCUUCCACUUCAUCUGUGACUCAUGUCAAUGACACAGAACAUAAGGAGCCAGAAACUGCACUAGAGACCAACACUCCAAAAAUUAAAACAGGGUCAUCGUCUUUAGAAGGCCAAUUUCCAAGUGAAGGAAUUGCUGUAGAUAUGGAGCUGCAGAGUGAUCCUGAUGAACAGCUUUCUGAAAAUGCUUGCAUCUCUGAAACGUCCUUCUCUUCUGAGAGCCCAGAGGGAGCCUGUACCAGCCUGACAUCCCCUGGAGGGGAAACCCAAUCCACUUCAGAAGAAUCAUGUACCCCAGCCUCCCUUGAGACAACGUUUUGCUCUGAGGUGUCCAGCACUGAAAAUGUGGACAAAUAUAAUCAGCGAAAUGCCACUGAUGAAAAUCUUCAUGCAUCUUUGAUGUCAGAAAUCUCUCCAAUAUCCACUUCACCUGAAAUAUCAGAAGCGUCUUUGAUGUCCAAUUUACCGUUAACAUCUGAAGCAUCCCCAGUAUCAAAUUUACCUUUGACAUCAGAAACCUCUCCCAUGUCUGAUUUACCUUUGACAUCAGAAACUUCUUCAGUGUCUUCCAUGCUUCUCACAUCUGAGACCACUUUUAUAUCCAGUUUGCCACUUCCUUCAGAAACAUCUCCAAUUUCCAGUUCUUCCAUGAAUGAAAGAGUGAUGCAUCAACAAAGAAAGUCAACUUCCAUAUCUGAAGAACCACUCUCCCCCCAGAAGGAUGAAGGUUCUGCCCCUGCCAAGCCCCUGGGAGAGAGCCUUACCUCUCAGCAGAAGACUCCAUCAAAUACUCCUGAACCUAUCAAAAUGGGUUCUUCUUCCAUUGCUCCUGAAGCAUAUUCAUCAGAAGAAUUGCACAAUAAGCCCCUGAAUCAGCAGCCUUGUAAAUCACAUGUUGAAACUGAGAAGCCCUAUCCCGCUUCGAUUCCAGAACUUCCUUCUACAGAAAUGAUAAAAGUUAAGAAUCAUAAUGUCCUGCAAAGAACAGAAAAGAAAGCGAUGUCUUCCCCAUUGGAAUUACCUGUCUUUUCUGAAGAGACAGAGAGUAAGGGAAAUGAGCUCCCAUCAGCUAAAUUACAGGACAAGCAAUACAUCUCAUCGGUGGAUAAGGCUUCAUUUUCAGAAGGCUCUAGAAAUAAAAUGCAUAAGCCAGGGAGCUCACAGAAUCGGUUGGAGACCUCUCAUACUUCCAAGUUGUCAGAGCCCUCCAAGUCCCCAGAUGGGGUAAGAAAUGAAAGCAGAGAAUCUGAGAUAUCGAAGAGGAAAACCGCAGAGCAUCACAGCUUUGGGAUCUGUAAGGAGAAGAGGGCUAGGAUAGAAGAUGACCAGUCAAGCCGGAACAUCUCAUCCAGCAGUCCAUCUGAGAAAGAACAGCCUCCAAGAGAGGAACCAAGGGUUCCACCUCUCAAGAUCCAGCUUUCCAAAAUCGGGCCACCCUUUAUUAUCAAGAGCCAACCAGUCUCCAAAUCAGAGGCUCGCGCGUCAUCUGGCACAUCGGUCAGUGGCGGGAGGAACACGGGAGCCAGGACCCUGGCGGACAUCAAGGCCCGAGCCCAGCAAGCAAGGGCCCAGCGAGAGGCGGCGGCAGCGGCAGCCGUGGCGGCGGCCGCGAGCAUCGUUUCGGGAGCUAUGGGGAGCCCGGGAGAGGGCGGAAAGGCCAGAACUCUGGCGCAUAUCAAAGAGCAGACGAAGGUGAAGCUCUUCGCAAAGCAUCAAGCCCGAGCCCACCUCUUCCAGAACACUAAAGAGCCUCGGUUGCCUCCGCUCGGCUCAAAGGAAGGGCCUCCAAGCUUAGAAGUCUCUUCUGUCCCUGAAACAAAAAUCGAAGGCUCGCCUGGUGUCAUCAUUGUCAAUCCAAACUGCCGAUCUCCCAGCAACAAGGCUGCGCACCUCCGGGAGCCCACCACUGUACUACAGCAGUCUCUCAACCCGACCAAACUUCCAGAAAUUGCCACGGACUUAUCUGUGCAUAGUUCUGACGAAAACACACCUGUGUCACACUUGUCUGAGAAAAUUGUUUCAUCUACCUCUUCUGAAAAUAGCAGUGUGCCCAUGCUUUUUAAUAAAAAUCCCGUCCCUGUGUCUGUCUGCAGCACUGCUAUGUCGGGAGCAAUUAAAGAACAUCCCUUUGUGAGUUCUGUUGAUAAAUCCUCUGUCCUAAUGUCUGUUGACAGUGCAAACACUACAAUUUCUGCUUGUAACAUAAGCAUGUUAAAAACCAUCCAGGGAACGGACACUCCAUGCAUAGCCAUUAUACCAAAAUGUAUCGAGAGCACCCCUCUUCCGGCCACCACAGAGGGCUCCAGCGCAGCGAGCCCCCGGGAUGACAAGCAGUUACUGGCACCCAGCAGCAGCGCUGGCAGCCUAGUCUCCAGUCAGUACACCUCUGUGCCAACUCCCUCCGUUGGAAGCAACUUGCCAAACCAUCUCUCCACUAGCUCUGUCUUGAUUCCCCCAACGGGAAUGAACAACAGAUUUCCUUCUGAGAAGAUAGCCAUGCCUGGGAGCGAAGAACAGGCCACCAUGUCCAUGGGCACCACUGUGAGAGCCGCCCUCGGCUGCAGGGACCCCGUCGCAGUCACUGACGCCCUGGUGGCACGCCCACCUGUCGCAGCGUUUACUGCAAGCAUGCUGACGGUAAACCCUUACGACAGUCCUCCCACGUUAAGUGCUGAAAGCUUGGACAAAACUUCAGGGACUCGGAACAGGGCAGACACUUCCGGGAGACCUCAGCCACCCCAGGGGGGCUUCGCACCAGCAGCCAUAAACCGCUCGAUUCCGUGUAAAGUCAUCGUCGACCACAGCACCACGCUGACCUCCACGUCGUCUCUGACUGUCUCUCUCGAGAGCACGGAAGCCGGCGUGGACCUCCAGAGCAGGUCCGGGAGGACGGAAGCAGCCGUCCAGCCCGUGGCCUGUCCGCAGGUGUCUGUCAUCAGCAGGCCCGAGCCGGUUGCAAGUGAAGGCGGAGAUCACGGUCCCAGUUUCAUUGCUGCUUCCGCGGCAAAACAAGACAGUCAAACGAUGCAGGCCACCUGCCCGGGUCUCCGUGAAGGACCCCUCGUGGUUCCAGAUAACUUAAACGCGGGGACUCCUCUGAGUCACAGCUUUGCUGAGCAGGCGCGUGGCAUAACCACGUUCAAAAGUGAAGCCGACACAACCUGUAGCCAUCAGUAUAACCCGGGCGGCCGGAUCUGCUGGGGCGAGGACGGGGUGAGGAGCGCAGGACAGCCUCUGCUCAGCCACCCUGGUUCCAGUAAACAGAAGGAAUAUCUGGAGCAGGGCUGUCCGAAGGCCAUCAAGACCGAGCACGCCAGUUCCUCGCAUGUGGCGGAGCUUCACCCCAGGAAUCUCAUCACAAGCGUCCCUCUCCCAGUGAAGUCCGAACCUCACGACGUGGACAAGGGCUUUAGGAUGGACGCCGACGACUUCCCUGGCCCUGAGCUGCAUCCUCCAGCUGCAGGGGCAGCCCCGAGUGUGCAACAGACGCAGACCGUGCAGGCCCCCGCCUCUGGUCCCAUGGAAGGGGCCAUCUCUCUGGCUACAGACACCCUGAAAAGAGUUCCCAGUGCAGGGAGCUCCAGCUGCCGUCUGUCAUCGGUGGAGGCGAACAAUCCCCUCGUCACACAGUUACUCCAGGGCAAAUUGCCUUUGGAAAAAGUGUUGCCCCAGCCCAGACUGGGAGCCAAGCUCGAAAUCAACAGGCUUCCUCUGCCUCUUCAAACUACCUCAGUGGGUAAAACAGCCCCCGAGAGGAACGUGGUUGAAAUGCCCCCUAGCUCUCCCAAUCCAGACGGGAAAGGCUACCUGGCAGGAGCUCUCGCACCACUACAAAUGAGGAAGCGGGAGAACCACCCCAAGAAGAGAGUCGCCAGGACCGGGGGGGAACACACUCAAGUGAAAUGUGAGCCAGGGAAGCUGUUGGCGGACCCAGAUGUGAAAGGGGUGCCAUGUGUCAUCAGCUCCGGCAUGAAUCAGCUGGGACUCAGCCAGCCGCUGAAGCAGGAGUGGCUGAACAAGCACCCUGUGCAGAGCAAGAUGGCUCACAGCCCUGAGGUCAAACAGCAGAAGCGGCUGCUCCCCUCGUGUAGCUUCCAGCAGAACCUGUUUCACGUCGACAAGAACGACGGCUUCCACCCCGACGCUGGGACCUCCCACAGACAGCAGUUUUACCAAAUGCCUCUGGCUGCCAGGGGCCCCAUUCCUACCGCGGCUCUGUUACCGGCCUCUGCCAAAGCCCCCGUGGGCUGUAACACGUUUUCCUUCAAUAGGCAUCUUGAGCAAAAGGGACUGGGAGAGGUUGGCCUUUCCUCAGCACCUCACCAGCUAAGGUUAGCCAAUAUGGUGCCCCCCAACAUGCCCAUUAAAGAAGGUGAUGACAUGGGAGGGACCCCGCACGGGGUGCCGCACAAAGCACUAGUGCAUCCCCCGCCCCCUUCCCCCUUGGCUUUGCCCCCACCACCCCCGCCGCCGCCGCCGCCGCCGCCACCGCCACUACCUCCACCUCUUCCUAAUCCAGACGUCCCCGCCGAUCAAAAACAACCGCCAGUUACCAUGGAAACCACUAAGAGACUUAGUUGGCCACAGUCCACGGGCAUAUGUAGCAAUAUAAAAUCGGAACCUCUUUCUUUUGAGGAAGGUUUAAGCAGCAGCUGUGAACUGGGCAUGAAACAAGUUUCCUAUGACCAGAAUGAAAUGAAAGAACAGUUGAAGGCGUUUGCGCUGAAAAAUGCAGAUUUCUCUUCCUAUUUGCUUUCUGAGCCACAGAAGCCUUUUACCCAAUUAGCUGCUCAGAAAAUGCAGGUGCAGCAACAACAGCAGCUCUGUGGAAAUUAUCCAACAAUACACUUCGGUAGCACGAGCUUCAAAAGGGCAGCAUCUGCAAUUGAAAAGUCCAUUGGGAUUUUGGGAAGUGGCUCCAAUCCCACCACGGGUCUGCCUGGUCAGAACGCUCAGACGCCCGUUCAGAACUUUGCCGACAGCAGCAACGCAGAUGAGUUGGAACUGAAAUGCUCUUGCCGGCUGAAAGCCAUGAUUGUGUGCAAAGGCUGCGGGGCCUUCUGCCACGACGACUGCAUAGGGCCUUCUAAACUCUGUGUAGCUUGCCUGGUUGUGCGAUAA